CGUCAAACAAAGAAGACAUACAGAGCUCUGCUUGUCUCCGUUCUCACAAAGAGAGAGAGAGAGAGAGAGAGAGAGAGAGAGAGAGAGAGAGAGAGAGAGAGAGAGAGACAGAGAGAGAGAGAGAGAGAGCUCAGAGCUGUGCUGGUGAGGUGUUUGCGACGUGGCCAUGGCUGCUGUACGGUUUGCUGUCGUGAUGCUACUUCUCUUUGCCUGCUCGGUCAGCUUCAAUGACCUACAAUGUGCUCGAGGCCAAGAAGAGGACACUUAUCCUACGCCUACGUUCCCUGGGUAUUGCUCCACAGCUGUUCCAAGGCUUCCUUGGGCAAGUUUACAAGAGGUGGGGGGCUGUUCUUUCUGUGCAUGUUUGCGUUGUUCCAAUCCGGAAUCAUCCGUCUCCAAUGAGCAGAGUGAGAUUCUUUGAGGAAUGACGUGUCGAUUCAUUGAAAUGGACGUGCCAACAACAAGUUAAUUGAAGCCUUUUUUUUUCUUCUGGAGUUGAAGGUGAAGAGUCAGUGCGUACAAGUAGCCCAUUGAAAUUCUGUGUUUUUUGGCCGUUGAUCUGUAAAAUCUACAGAUCUACAGCCGGCCAGAGGGGUCCGGACGCCUAGCAGARUCAAGCAGAUUGUCAUAUUUUCAGUCACAAAUCACUGACGACUUUUGUCGACGGAUUGAAUGAGCAGUGACGGCAACAAAAAGUUUCGUUGAAA